CGUCCGGGUGGGCCGGGCCUCGAAGCUCCUGGCCCUGUGGGGCUGCGUUUAUGGAGGACUUAACCUCCUGUCGGGCAUGAGCGGGACUUCCCGCCGCUUUUCUCGCCGCUGCCGCAGCUUGCGGACGGUGGGCCACCUCCGGGAACAUGCCCCAGGCUACCUACUGCUACGUGCGGGUCGUGGGCCGGGGCAGUUACGGGGAGGUGACGCUCGUGAAGCAUCGGCGCGACGGCAAGCAGUAUGUCAUCAAAACACUGAACCUCCGAAAUGCUUCCAACCGUGAGCGCCGAGCUGCGGAGCAGGAAGCUCAGCUCCUGUCUCAGCUGAAGCACCCCAACAUCGUCACCUACAAAGAGUCGUGGGAGGGAGGAGAUGGUCUGCUCUACAUCGUCAUGGGCUUCUGCGAAGGAGGUGAUCUGUACCGGAAGCUCAAGGAGCAGAAAGGGCAGCUUCUGCCUGAGAGUCAGGUGGUGGAGUGGUUUGUACAGAUUGCCAUGGCUUUGCAGUAUUUACACGAGAAACACAUCCUUCAUCGAGAUCUGAAAACUCAGAAUGUCUUCUUAACAAGAACAAACAUCAUCAAGGUGGGCGACCUGGGCAUUGCCCGAGUGUUGGAGCACCACAGCGACAUGGCAAGCACCCUCAUUGGCACUCCCUAUUAUAUGAGCCCUGAGUUGUUCUCAAACCAACCCUACAACUAUAAGUCUGAUGUUUGGGCUUUGGGAUGCUGUGUCUAUGAAAUGGCCACCCUGAAGCACGCUUUUAAUGCAAAAGACAUGAAUUCCUUAGUUUAUCGGAUUAUUGAAGGAAAGUUGCCACCAAUGCCAAAAGUUUAUAGCUCAGAGCUGGCAGAGCUGAUCCGAACAAUGCUGAGCAGGAGACCUGAAGAGAGACCCUCUGUGCGGAGCAUCCUGAGGCAGCCUUAUAUAAAACACCAAAUAUCCUUAUUUUUGGAGGCCACAAAGGCAAAAACUUCCAAAAAUAACGUUAAAAACUGUGACUCCAGAGCCAAGCCUGUAGCUGCUGUAGUUUCCAGAAGGGAAGAACCGGAUUGUGAAGUGAUGCACUCCCAGCCCUGCUCUUCUGAGAGCUCCACUGCACACGCCAUGGGUGAAGAUAAGUGUUUAUCCCAAGAGAAACCAGUGGCCGUUGAUCCCUUGAAAUCACCUGCUAGCCUCAAAGGCCACAGUGGCAAACCUGUCAUGAACAAUACGGCAGAGUCAUUUGCUACAAUCAGUAGAAUAAAUAUCGAUAUCUUGCCUGCAGAAAGGAGGAACUCAGCAAAUGAUGACAUAGUUCAGGAGACUCAACCAAGACAGUCGGAUGCCUCUGAUGAAGUAGACAGUCAAUUCAGUAUUUCUCAAGACAGGAAGGAGAGAUUCCUGGGUGAUACCAAGUCCAGUGAUCAGCCUGGAAGUCUGCUUCCCAGACGGUCCUCUGAUGAUUGUGAUGGGGAAGAAAAUGAACUGGUGGUGAAGGACCAAAAGCCAGACCAGGAUCAAGUUACUGGUGGAUGUGUGAUAGAAAAACAGGACAGCAUCCCCCCAAGAUUCCAGCCACACAGCUCUGUGUCUGAACCUUCCGUAUCUCGACAGCGAAGGCAGAAAAAAAGAGAACAGACUGACCAUGAUCAGGCAAAGAGCCAGUUCCAGGAAUCACCCCCUUGGCCUUUGCCUUCUCUCCCUCCUGUUGGAAAAGUGGAUAUCAUAUCAGCACAACUAAAGGAUGGAAACCAAAGGCAGCCUGUGGCCAGCUCUGUAGACAGUUCAAGGGUCAGUUCAUCGUCGUUGUCCAAGGAUCGACCGCUAUCAGCCAGAGAGAGGCGGCGACUAAAGCAGUCACGGGAAGAUGCACUCCCCUCAGGCCCUUCAGUCCGGAGAACUCACAGUACAGCGGAGCCAGUGAAACCACAAGAAGACGACCAGCCUACCCCUGCCCAACGAUUUUCUUCUGACUGCAGCAUCCCUCAGGAAAAGAGACUGACACAUGGUCUGUCUGAGGAUGAGUUAAGUUCCUCUACAAGCUCAACUGACAAAUCAGAUGGGGAUUCAAGGGAGGGGAAAAGUCAUACGAAUGAAAUGAGUGACUUGGUACAGCUGAUGACUCAGACUCUUAAGCUGGAUUCUAAAGAGAGCUGUGACGAUCUCCCAGUGCUAAACCCAGUGUCAGAAUUCAGACUUCAUGGGAAGUAUCGUGACACGCUGGUACUUCACGGCAAAGUUGCAGAAGACGCAGAGCUUCACUGCAAAGAGCUGCCUUCAGCUAUCAUACCAGGUUCUGAGAAGAUCAGGAGAAUAGUUGAAGUCUUGAGAGCCGAUGUAAUCCAGGGCCUGGGGAUUCAGCUUCUAGAGCAGGUGUAUGACCUUUUGGAGGAGGAGGAAGAUGAAUUGGAGAGAGAGGCACGAUUACGGGAGCACAUGGGCGACAAGUAUGCAACUUACAGUGUGAAAGCUCGCCAGCUGAAGUUUUUUGAAGAAAAUGUGAAUUUUUGAGAUUUGUUCUAAUGUGCUGCCAGAACUAAAGACUAUUUUCAAAGGUUUUUCAUCUAAACAACAACAACAGGUCGUUUCAGUUAUUCAGAGGCUACUCACUCGCUGUCUUCAGUGUCUCUUUGGGGCUUCUUACUAUGAAACAUGAGAUGGAGUAGACUCAUGUGAAACAAGUUCACAGAGGAAAAAACAAACUUGGGAUAUCAUUUUAUUUUUAUGGAGAAAAAUGUUAUAUUUGUUUGUUACUAUUUACUGAGCCUUAAGCCAACAUUAUACCUAGUUUAUUUUUUUUUAAAGAUAUUAACUAGCUUGAAAUGGGGCCAGAAAACAUUGGAUUAUAUUGUACUACAGUGAGAAAAAACAACUGACAUCUCGUAAUAUGUGGUAUUGUUUAUAACCUUAGAGAGUAGUGAUGUUUAUUCUCUAAUGUCAACUUAGUAUACUAUUCUGGGAAUAGAUUUAAAGAACAUGGCCGGGCGGUGGUGGCGCACGCCUUUAAUCCCAGCACUCGGGAGGCAGAGACAGGCGGAUCUCUGUGAGUUCGAGAGCAGCCUGGUCUACAAGAGCUAGUUCCAGGACAGACUCCAAAACCACAGAGAAACCCUGUCUCAAAAAAAAAAAACCAAAAAAAAAAAAAACCAAAAAACAAAAAAUCCCAUGAAGUUCUGUGUUGCAUUUGAACAACUUUUUUGCAUAUAAAUGAACUUUUAUAAUAUUUUCAUUUAAUUUGAAUCUUAGUGAGGUUCAGUCUUUAGACUCUUAGGAUGCUUGUGCCAUCUAAAGUAUAGAUUUGUGACUCAUUUCUUUUUUCUAUCAGCAAAAACAUCUCUUAAAUGUGAAUUCCUCUUCAGCUAAGCAGUGUCCAAGGAAAGCCCAGGUCCUUAGUUCUAUUGGAUGCAGGCAAUGUUUUUCUUUAUGUAUAAUGAAGUGUCGGUUGAGUUUCUAGGUUUGUUUUUGUUUGUUUGUUUUUUGUUUUGUUUUUCGAGACAGGGUUUCUCUGUGGCUUUGGAGUCUGUCCUGGAACUAGCUCUUGUAGACCAGGCUGGUCUCGAACUCCCAGAGAUCCUCCUGCCUCUGCUGCCUCCUGAGUGCUGGGAUUAAAGGCGUGCGCCACGACUGCCUGGCUGAGUUUCUGUAUUUUAAAUGUAUAACUGUACAGCUAGAUGCAGUGGUGCACACUUAAAUCUUAGCAUUUGAGAAACAUAGGGAGGUGGGUCAUGAGUUCAGGCUAGGCUGGAUGACUAAGUUCAAAGCCAGCUCAUACUAGAGACCCUCAUCGCAAAAAUAAAAGUCAUAAUUGUAUAUCACAUGUUAUGUUAGUUACUUAAUAAGUAAUGGUCAUGCAGAAAGAUUUUUACAAAUAAAAUACAAGUCUUUGGUAAAUUUUCAGUGUUUAAGAUUAAUUUUAUGAGUGUGUAUCUGUGUGUGCGUGUAAAUAUGUGUGACGUGUGUGCGCCUGCCUGAGGAGGCCAGAAGAGGAUUUUGGAUCCCCUGGACGUGGCUUUGCAGGUAGGUGAUUGUGAGCCACCUGAUGUGGAUGCUGGGAACUGAACCCAGGUUUUCUACAAGAGCAGCAGGUUCUCUGAACUGCUGAGCCAUCUCUUCAGCCCUACCACCAUUUUAUUUAAAGGACUGAAAAUUACUCCAAAUGUUGUUUGUCUGUUUCCUCAGACAGGUCUCACUGUGUAGCUCUGGCUGUCCUGGCUGUCCUGGCUGUCCUGGAACUUGCUAUGUAGACCAGGCUGGCCUCAAACCCACAAGAGAUCCACCUGCUUCUGAGUGCUGGUUUUAAAGGCCUGCACCACUGGCUCCAAAUGUUUUGUUUGUAAGGGAAAAAGAUUAUUUGCUUUGAGAAUUACACUGUAGCAGGAAUAAUAAAAACCCACAGAUAUUGGGGUUUAACCUAACGAUCAGAAAAGCAAAGCAGCCAACCACCAGAGAGACCUUAUACUUCUAACCAAAUUUUCACGCCGAAAAUUCCACAAUCAGUAAGCUCUUGUCUUUUCCCCUUUAUAUUCC